UCUCUCCGGUGGGCGGGCUCAGUUCCUCCCCGCCCGCCCCACAGCCGCCGGAGGGUGCCGCGGCGGCAGCUGAAGCCCGAUCGAUGCCGGGAGCUCGGAGGCGGCGGCGGCGCUGCUGAGUGAGGGGGGGCGGCCCCGCCCGGAGAUGGGGAUUCUCAACAUCACGGACCAGCCUCCUCUGGUCCAAGCCAUCUUUAACCGUGAUAUAGAGGAGGUGCGGUCUUUGCUGAGUCAGAAGGAGAAUAUCAAUGUAUUGGACCAAGAGAGACGAACCCCUUUGCAUGCAGCUGCAUACCUGGGAGAUGCUCCAAUUGUUGAACUCCUAAUAAUAUCAGGUGCUAACGUUAAUGCAAAGGAUACCCUUUGGCUGACCCCGUUACACCGUGCUGCAGGUUCUCGCAAUGAGAAGGCACUUAACCUCCUCCUAAAGCACUCGGCAGACGUCAACGCUCGUGACAAGUAUUGGCAAACACCGCUGCACAUUGCUGCUGCCAACAGAGCCACCAAGUGUGCGGAGGCCAUCAUCCCCCUACUCAGUAGUGUCAAUGUGGCAGACCGCACUGGGCGCACGGCACUGCACCAUGCUGUACACAGUGGGCACCUUGAGAUGGUAAACCUGCUCUUAAAUAAAGGGGCCAAUCUGAGCACAUGCGACAAGAAGGAGAGACAGCCAAUACAUUGGGCAGCAUUUCUUGGGCAUUUGGAAGUCUUGAAGCUGCUUGUGGCCCGAGGUGCUGAUGUCACGUGCAAAGACAAAAAGGGUUACACACUGUUGCACACGGCAGCAGCCAGCGGCCAGAUCGAAGUUGUUAAACACCUGCUGAGGCUUGGAGUUGAGAUUGAUGAACCAAAUUCCUUUGGCAACACUGCACUUCACAUUGCCUGUUACAUGGGCCAGGACGCCGUGGCCAACGAACUGGUCAACUAUGGCGCCAAUGUCAAUCAGCCCAAUGAGAAGGGCUUCACCCCCCUGCACUUUGCUGCCGUCUCCACCAACGGAGCCCUGUGCCUGGAACUUCUCGUCAACAACGGAGCAGACGUGAACUUUCAGAGCAAAGAAGGGAAGAGUCCUUUGCACAUGGCUGCCAUUCAUGGACGGUUUACACGCUCUCAAAUUCUAAUUCAAAAUGGCAGUGAGAUUGACUGUGCUGACAAAUAUGGCAAUACCCCCCUCCAUGUUGCUGCUAGAUACGGCCACGAGCUGCUAAUUAGUACUUUGAUGACGAAUGGUGCUGAUACUGCAAGGCGUGGGAUCCACGACAUGUUCCCCUUGCACUUAGCUGUUCUAUUUGGAUUCUCAGACUGUUGUCGUAAGCUACUUUCCUCAGGUCAGUUGUACAGCAUCGUCUCCUCACUUAGCAAUGAGCAUGUGCUGUCUGCAGGCUUUGAUAUCAAUACGCCAGAUAACCUCGGGAGGACCUGCCUCCAUGCUGCUGCUUCUGGAGGGAACGUUGAAUGUCUUAACUUGCUGUUGAGCAGCGGAGCUGACUUGAGGAGGAGAGAUAAAUUUGGAAGGACUCCUUUGCACUAUGCAGCCGCUAAUGGCAGCUAUCAGUGUACGGUGACACUAGUCACUGCCGGAGCCAGUAUUAACGAAGCUGACUGUAAAGGCUGCACCCCCUUACAUUAUGCUGCUGCUUCGGACACUUACAGGAGAGCUGAGACUCAAUCAGGAAACAGCCAUGACACUGACGAGGAGCCACUGAAGGAGUCACGACUGAAGGAGGCGAUGUUUUGUUUAGAGUUCUUAUUGGAUAAUGGUGCUGACCCAUCUCUCCGGGACAAGCAAGGAUACACUGCUGUCCAUUACGCAGCUGCCUAUGGCAACAGACAAAACCUUGAGUUGCUCCUGGAGAUGUCUUUUAACUGCCUGGACGAUGUGGAAAGCACCAUUCCAGUCAGCCCUUUGCACUUAGCUGCCUAUAACGGUCACUGUGAAGCCCUGAAGACACUUGCCGAAACCCUGGUGAACCUGGAUGUACGGGACCACAAAGGGCGGACGGCUUUGUAUCUUGCCACGGAGAGGGGCUCCACGGAGUGUGUGGAGGUACUCACCAGCCAUGGUGCUUCUGCUCUUGUGAAGGAGAAAAAGAAGAAGUGGACACCCCUACAUGCUGCAGCUGCUUAUGGGAACACGGAUUCCUUGCAUCUUCUCAUUGACAGUGGGGAGAGAGUCGACAUCACAGAUGUCAUGGACGUCCAUGGACAAACCCCUUUGAUGUUGGCGAUCAUGAACGGCCAUGUAGAUUGUGUCCACCUCUUACUUGAGAAGGGAUCCACGGUGGAUGCAGCAGACAGGAGAGGCAGGACUGCACUGCAUCGGGGGGCUGUGACUGGCUGUGAAGACUGCCUUGCAGCACUGCUGGACCAUGAUGCCUUUGUAUUGUGUCGGGAUUUCAAGGGCCGGACCCCGAUCCAUUUUGCCUCGGUGUGUGGACAUUCUGAAAUCCUGAGGACCUUGCUGCAGGCAGCGCUCUCUACUGACCCUCUGGACUCUGUGGUGGACUAUAGUGGCUACUCACCAAUGCACUGGGCUUCUUACAGUGGGCAUGAAGAUUGUCUUGAAUUGUUACUUGAACACAAUCCAUUUGCAUACCUAGAAGGAAACCCCUUUACUCCAUUGCACUGUGCAGUAAUUAACAACCAGGAUGGCACUGCUGAAAUGCUUGUGGAAGCAUUGGGUGCCAAGAUUGUUAAUAGCAGAGAUGCCAAAGGAAGGACCCCCCUUCACGCUGCUGCCUUUGCAGACAACAUCCAUGGUUUACAGCUGCUUCUGCACCACCAGGCUGAGGUAGACAUGACUGACCAACUGGGAAGGACCCCUCUCAUGAUGGCUGCUGAGAAUGGCCAGACGGCAGCAGUUGAGUUUCUGCUGUACAGAGCAAAAGCAGAUCUAACUGUGCUGGAUGUCAACAAGAACACAGCUCUUCACCUGGCCUGCAGUAAGGGCAGGCAGAGAACCAGGAUCGUCCUUAGGAUGGAGGAUGCCUUAGGGGAAGGCCCUUCAGCCCAACCCUUACAGGGUGAAGUUUUGUUGCCAAACCCUGGCACGCAGCAGAUGCUGGAGGGGGGUCAUGAAAAGUGUGCCUUGUUGAUUCUGGGGGAAACCCAAGACCUUGGCCUUAUCAAUGCAACUAACAGUGCUCUGCAGAUGCCGCUCCAUAUUGCAGCUCGAAACGGACUGGCCUCUGUUGUUCAGGCUCUGCUGAGCAGAGGUGCCACUGUGCUUGCUGUGGACGAAGAAGGCCAUACCCCAGCCUUGGCUUGCGCCCCCAACAAGGACGUUGCCGACUGCCUGGCACUUAUCCUUUCCACCAUGAAGCCUUUUCCACCUAAAGACGCCAUCAGCCCUUUCAGCUUCAACCUCCUCAAGAACUGCAGCAUUGCUGCCAAGACGGCAGCCUGCAGUGCCCUGCCCAAUGGGAACAGCUGCCCUUACACCAAGGAUAGGCACAAUGCCAUCGGCUUAGAUGGCUGUUAUUCGGAGUAGCUUAAAAUCCAUGAUGGGUGAUCUAAUAUCUUCUAUUUAUUUAGAAAUUCUAUAAAUAUAGGACACUUUAAAGGAGAACAAGACUGGGGUGAGUCUCCCCAAAUGGACUGGGAACCAAAAUAAAAUAAGAGGAUCACAGCUUCUGCUUCCUUCCUAGACUUCUGCUUGACCACAAGCAUCUCUUGCCACCAAAAGUAACAAACAGUGAUGUGGUUCUCAAACUAAUUCAGUAUUGUUGGUUGGAUUUUUUUUUUAAAUGAACAAUUUUAUUUUUCGUAAUUCUUAAACCUGUUUGAGACCUGCCCACCUCUGUCCCUGAACAAAGUGUGUUGCUCAUCACGUCUAACCCGUGACCUUGUUAGAUGUUUCAAAUUGCUGGCCAUUUAUUUGAAUGAAAAGCAAACCAAAUUCAUCUCACAUGGAGUUUGUGUAGUCAUGGGAGCACAAUUCUCAGUUGGAAGGCUGGAAUCAAACUGACCAUCCCAGGCUUCCCAUCUGCUUCGUCCACCCCUGUUGUUAUAACCUUCUCCUUGCCCCCUGACGAAUAAUACUUGCUUUGUGGGCCAUGCUAUCUAGGCAGAGAGCAGAAGCCUGAAAUUCUUCUAGGUUUUGUUUGGCAUUAGGAUUUGACAAAUGAGGGACCGCCAAGGAGGGCAGCAGCUCCUGGCAAAGUGCCACUAUAACUGCUCUUUCCUUUAUGAUGAUUUUGUUUGUUUGUUUGUUGGUUGUGCUCGCCCUUUUUGAUUCCAGUGAAAACACUUGAAUUGAGAACUACUGUACCUGGGGCACUAUGAUACCUUAGGCAGCUCGUACUCCCUCGUAUGCAAAAUGGGUGCUGUUGCCCAGCUGACGCGGUCCUCUCUGAUAACUUGCGUAUGCGCUGCCAGAAUUAUCCCUACCAUAUCAGGCACUUUAGGGAUUUUCUCUUUUUGGAGGCUAUUUUUUGUUGGGGUGGGAGGGGGUACAAAACAUUGGAUCCCCAAAGAGAAUUUCCGUCUUGGGUUCCCCCCUCUUUUCUGUGUUGUGCAGUGUUUCCACGUUAGACAAGUCAGUGUUGCUUUUUUAAGGAGAAAAAAAAAAAGAAAUUAUUUAUAAAGAAAUAAGCAUUUACCUUUUUAAAAAAUAGCAAAAAAGAGCUUUCUGCAAGUUUCACCUCUUUAAGGAAAACAAUGCACUUCAGAACCUUACUUCAAUCCUACACUUGUAUUUAUAACCCCUCCCCCCCGAAUGCCAUCCAGCAGGUUUCAUUAGGGCAUGUGUGUGGAUGUGUGUGUAGGUAUGUCUGUGAGGUUUGUGUUUUAGUGUUUUUGUUUUUUUAAUUUUAAAAAUCAUAUUUAUAAAAAUGCAGGCUUUUCGCAUUUGAGUGUAUGCACUGUUUUUUCUUUUUGUACUGUAAAUUGUAUCAUGUGUAGAAACUAAUUUAAAAACAAAAAACAAAAAUCACCAUAUCACAAGUAUGUUCAAAGCCAAAGAUUGGGAUGUAGCAAUUGAAUGAGGGCUGCCAGGGCGAGCGUUUUUGAUCUAACAGUCUUUCCCAUCUUCUCCCCAGUCCUGCAGAACUGCACUGGUUCUUGGACUGCAGUUGGCAGAGUAUAUAUGAGACUUGAUGAGUGAACUAUUCCAUGACAUUGCAUCUUUGGAUCAGUGAGCUGUUAGGACUAUAGCUGCACCCUGUGAAACAAUUAGUUUUUAUAUUCCCCAACCCCUUAUGGAAUCAGCUAGACUGUUGAGGAGAAAAUAUGAGCCAGCUAUAUACACUUUAACCAUUCUGCUUUGUGGUGCAUUUUACACUUUAAAAAAAAAAACAGUUUAUUUAACCAAAAACUGAAAUUGAGAGCCAGUCCUUUUUUGUUUCACACUGACCUUUUGUUGUAAAGUGGACUCUGGUGCCAUUUCUAUAGCCUCACCUACCUGGGAGCUGUCCUGUUUUCCAGAGUGGGGCAUCUGAAAGAAGCCAGCUUUAUCUGGUUGGAGAGGACCUUUAAUGAAAGUUGCUUAAUCCAGAUGCAAAGGAGGCGAAAAUGAAAUCUGAAAAUGAGGAAACCCCUCCCUUCCUUUUGUCACUGUUAAUUUACCAAAGCCAAACUCCUAGAGCCAAAUAUUGAACCUACAAUCUUAUCCUUUGGUGAACAGUGCAUUUUAAAAGAGAUAAUUGACUUUUCUUUUUCUUUUGUUGAAUCCCCACCAAAGGGACUUUGUCUUCCCCACAAAUUACUGCAUAUCAUCCUGAGUCAGCUCUUUAAGUACUAGUGAACAUUUUGUUGGUUUGCUGCACAUGGAUAGGUUGCAAAAAUUGGGGGCCUUAAGGUAGCGAGUUCUAGUCUUCUAAUGAACCCAGCCAUUUCCUUCAGUGAAGCCUUCCACAAAGACUAGGGCCCUACUAGCUUAGCCACUUCUUUCUUUGAUGCCCAAGGAAUUUUGAGAGAACUUUUUACUUUGCAGCUGCUAGAUCUGAGCGUUUUAAGAGUUAAUGCACUUGCCAAAUAGCACAGUAGCAGCCUGUUGCAAAUUGGCCAUUAUUCUUUAGCUGCACUAUGGUCGGGUUAGUUUUCUCCACCCUCAAGUUCUCUACCUUGAAAGAAAGUGUUAACCUUUCUACACCAAAUACCUCAUGUUGGAAUAGAAAUGAACAAAACUUGAAUGAAAGCUCCUCUUCUCUCCCCUCUGCCCCCACACAUUUUAUAAAUACAGAAAGGUCCUUUUCAGUACUCCGUAGAGGGAGGGCUGGAAAUAAUUUUUUACACUUUGUUUACAUUUGAUUUUUUUUUUUUUUUUGGGUACUAGCAACUUUGCCUAAUUUUAUUUUAGCCUUCUAAGAGCAUUCCUCUUGCCCUGCUUACACAAGAGGAGGAGUGGGGUGGGAAGAUUGUAGGAAAGUUAAGCCUGAAGCCACACUUUAUCUUUUUCAAGGGCUAAAAUUAAUCCUCCUUUAAGUACCAGAAGCUUUUCUGGAGGGCCUCUGGAACGGAGUUAUUUUUAGGAAAGUGUGUAUAUGUAUGGAUUGAGUGGGAGUACCCUAUGUUUAUCAUUGUGCUACGAUUUGAAAAGGGUGAUUAACUUUCAAGUCCUCGAUACUAUCUCUUGAAAGCUAUAAUUGGCUCUAUACUCUUAACCUCUACCAGGCAAGAGACACCAUUCUUGUAACCCAAGGAAAUAUGUAUGUGUAUUUGAGGAAGCGUAGUAAAGGUAUAGCUUACCCUGGAAUGGAAAAGUUAUACUGUGUUGAAUUGGGACUGCUCCUCUGCCAGUUUAAAGCAAUUUUCUGUGCUGAAGAGAUUCUCAGUGGUUGGUCAUAAAGUUAGAAGUGUUACCGAGAUGUAGAGCCAGGGAAAUCAAACUCCUUUAGUAGCACAAUCCUUUGAACAUCAGGUACUCCCGUCUCGGUUUCUAUCUGGCUACAUUUUAAAAACUUCAGUGUAGGAUGAGAGGAAUAGAAGGUGAAAUGAUGGUAGGGUUUUGCAAGAACAUUUCAAAUGAGGGGAUCUCCUAGCCCUAGUGAUAAAUGCAUUGUGCUUGCUUUUUGUUUUGUUAGGAUUGUAGCAGGUUGUUACGCAUGUUUUCAUUCUAUUAACUGGGGGAAAAUAACCUGACACUUGAUCUUUUGUUGUUGUUGUUUAAAACUCGCUUGCUGAUAACAUGUUCCUUUCCUCAUGCAACAACUUUAAAAAUUCAGUAUAUGACAAUCAAUGUGAUCUCUUUAAGGGCUUCAGCGUUCUUAGUUCUGUAGCAUCAUGCAUUAUUUUUCUAUGUUCAGUUUUGCCCGUUUUUCUUUUUAAAAUGAUGAAGAAAGUGGAGUGGAAAAAAUUCCAGCAGCGCAUACGUGAAUUAAGAAUUUUUGAAAAGGAAAAAAAUGGUCGUUUUUUCUUUGGUGUUAGGAAUUGGGGCGGCAGGCAGGGGGAGGAUAAAUAUGGCCAGUUCUGCUGUAAUCUCCAAUCUUGUUCUCCUUUAAUGCUGUAACAUGUACAUUUUGACAGCACAGCUUGACAAUUUAAGUAAUAAUCAAAGUGUCUGGUGGUAAUAACUUGCAUUAUUGUGCUAAGAUGAGAGUUGGUUUCCCUAGUGCAUUGUAAAAGAGGGCUGGAGGCAAACUUCCUUUUUUCCUUCCUGCUCCCCGCCCCCCGCCCCUUCUUGCCCAGUAUUGUGCAAGCACAUUGGCUUAAAGAUGUGCAGUAUUUUAUGCAGGCUUGGGGGAAGUGGGGUGCUGGUUCCCUUUGCAGAAGUUAUACCAGGUCCUUGCAUACCCUUUGUUCCAGUUGCUGCCCUCCUUAGGAAUGGCAUAGACCAAGGAUGCAUCUUUCUUUGGACCUUAAAAGACACCUCUCCUGGCCUUUCUGUUUUUCACUUGUUUUUUAAAAAAAGAAGAAGCAAUCAUUGGAUUCCCUCCAACAUAAGGAAGUUUCUCUCCAACCACCUUUCUCUGAAGCACUUGCUUUACAAGUAAAUAAGCACUUUUGUUUAAAAGCAUGAGGGUCUAGUUCCCCCUUUUAUAGCAACCCCUAGGAGAAAGGCCAGCAAGGGAAAAUGGGAUCAGGAGGAGUCAUUCGGGAAUUUUUUGUCUUUCAUUUUUUUGUUUUCUUUUAGCUUGGGGGAAUGGGUGGGUGGAGGGGAGAGUGGAGAAUUCUUUUAAUUAACUUUCAUGUCUCUAGAGAAUUAAUGAACAAAGGGAAGUUGUGUUUAAAAUAAACAGCACAAAUACAUUUCAGCUUGACAAGUGUAUUUGCACUGCCAUUGUUAGAUAAAUGGGCCACCUGUUUGGAGCCCAGCUGAGCCAUAUAACUAUUGACAAACACUGAAUGUAAAUGUCCUUGUUGAGGGCAAGUACUGGGAAGCUAUAAAUUGAUCUUAUAUUCCUAAAUGGGCACUUCAGUGAAUUUGAAAUAACAAAUCCUGAUAAAAUGAUGCUGUUCAUUUUUCUUACUCUA